AUAAUUCUGUACGUAUUUUACUGCUAUGACGACGGUGAUUAAUGUCCUCAAGCGUACCAAUUUCAAUUUUUCAUUUACCAAGGCCGUUUCCUGAAGAAAAUUCUCAAGCAUAUCACCUUCAUGCACGCCACUGGGUAAUAUUGACCACUUUCAUUGUUGAAAUGCAAUCUAAUCACUCUCUCUUGUGCGGGUCGCGAUCGAGGGGUAUCCUGAGAAAUUCAGAAUCUAGUUGGCACGAGAAACAAGACAUGUCAGUGCUAUGGGCACCAGUGCGUCGCUCAAACUGCUGUUACUCUCCGAAGUGCUGCACUUCUGUGGGUCAAUGUCGUCCUCGCACCAAGAAUGUGGUCGGACUUUGAGGAGGUCAAGACAACCCAGACUAGGGAUGGUCGGACGAAUUAUUCAUGGCAAGCAGAGUGUUAGAGGAGCUUGGCCUUGGCAAGUUUCGCUGCAGCUGCUGCAUCCUCAAUUCGGAUUUUUGGGGCACUGGUGCGGAGGCGUGAUGAUAUCCCCCGAAUGGUUAUUAACUGCCGCUCACUGUAUCAACAACGACCUUUUCAAUCUCCCCCUGGCCGCCUUGUGGACCGCCGUCGUCGGGGACUGGGACAGAGAAGUCGAGGAAAAAUCCGAAGAGAGGAUCCCGAUCGAAGAAGUGAUAAUGCAUGAACGAUUUCACAAUUUCCAACAUGACAUCGCUCUGAUGAAAUUGGUCCGGCCCAUCAAAGUUUCUAGGGAAAGCAGAGUCCGGACAGUUUGUUUACCCUUGAAGAGACUGCUCCACAACCAGACUGACUUCUGUGUUGCUACAGGGUGGGGCAGAGCAUCGGAGGACAGCAUGCUAGCUGGAAG